GGCGAUGCCUACUCGGGAAGCAAUUGAGACUUUCAUCAGCGUCACUGGAGCCUCGGAAGCGAUCGCUGUUCAGAAGCUCGAGGAACCAAGUUUUGAAUCCUUAAUCUCGACUUCAGCAGGCAUAAAACUACAAUAAUUCAAUUAUACUUGGAUAACGGCUUCAGAGCAGUCCAGUAAAUUCAAAGUCUUUUUGAAAUAUCCACCAAUCCUCCAAAGUGGCUUUCUGUGGAUUCAAAACAUUGCCGAGUCCAAAACAUGAGGGGCACAUGGUGCUGAUCUCAAUGCUGCUGUGAAUGCAUAUUUCAAUGAAGGAGAUAGAAGUUCAUCUGUAAACGCACGUCAAACCUCUGUUUCUGGUGAAUAUGAUUUCAUGGACAUUGAUGAUCCAGUUGAAGUUGUACCCCAGGGACCUACUCAGUCUCUUCUGUCUACAGCUAGAGAGAUCAUGAAUCCAUUUUCAAUACUUGAUCAACAUCUCCACCAGGGGUUAUUUGGCAGUGCCUCUGAUUUUACAAGUUCUGCUCCAAUUGUGACUCAUCCAAGAGAAGUGAGAGAGAUUCCCAUAGAAUUUAGAGAUGGUAAUCGUCCAUCUGGCCAAUCUGGCCAUGUGCCGACAAUUGAGGAUAUCACUGGCACUAUAGAUGUUCAUGGUCCAGAGGUUCAUGGAAAUGUAGUAAUUGAUGACAAGGAAGAUGAAGAGGCUCCAGUCACUUCUAUAGCACAUGCACCAGAUUUAGAGCAUCGGGCUAUUGAGAGUAACAUAUCUCAUGACAGAAAUGUUAUAUCCAGUGCCUUUGAGAGUGACGAGUUUCAGGACACAAAUGACAUUGAGGAAGAAAUGAUUCGUGCUGCAAUUGAGGCUUCAAAGAAGGAUGUUGUGCAAGGUUAUGUAAGUGAUCAGGAUUUAAGUAAUCUUAGGCCUCGAGAACAUCCUUCUCACUUGAAUGAUUUUGAAUUUUCACCUGCUGAUUCAUCUAUCAAGCCAGAUGAAGAAUUCCCUAAGCUAGGGGAGAACAUUGGAGGAUCAAAAGUAGAAGCUUCUACGUUAAAUGGAAGGAUGGAAACGGGAAGCACCUCUGCUCAAGAUGAGGUUGAAGACCUAGAGCAAGAUAAUUUAGUUAGGCAUCGGUCCAAACGCAAGUCCUCUGGCUAUGUUGAACCCGCAAAGGAGGUUGAAGCUGUUGAUGUAAGCCUUGCAUCAAGUACAAAUCCUCAUGAUACUAGUGAUAAUCCACAGCACAAUGGGAAUGCCUUUCAUUCUGAUGAGUGGGGUGGAAUUUCUUCAGAGGAGCAUGAUGAAGCAGUCAUGCUUGAGGCUGCUUUAUUUGGAGGUUCUGAAGGCAGUUCAUAUCGAUUUCCAUCUGCACCUCACGAUUUCAUGAGAAAUCAAGGUUCAUAUAUACAGCCUGCCCCUCGCCCUCCUUCGCCCUCUUUAGUAGCUCAGCGUUUGAUAAGAGAACAACAGGAUGAUGAGUAUCUAGCAGCUUUACAAGCUGACAGAGAAAAGGAACUAAAGGCCAUAGCAGAAGCUGCAGCUGUUCUUGAAAAAGAAAGACAAAGAGAGGAAGAAUCCCGUCAGAAAUUGGAUGCUGAGAAGGAGCUUGAAAGACACUUAGCAGAAAUAGAAGCUUCUCUUCCCAGUGAACCAAGAACCGAUGAUGAGAAUGCUGUGACACUGUUAGUGCGCAUGCCAGAUGGCAGUCGCAGGGGCCGUCGGUUGCUCAAGUCUGAUAAGCUACAGUGUCUCUUCGACUUCAUUGAUAUUGGCAGAGUUGUCAAACCUGGCUCCUACAGAUUGGUGAGGCCAUAUCCUCGACAAGCCUUUGGAGACGGGGAGAGGUCUUUAACGUUGAAUGAACUCGGACUUAACAGCAAACAAGAAGCUUUGUAUCUGGAGUUGAUUUAAUGGUUUGGCCAACUGUUCUACCGGUUCAGAAUCGCUGAAAUUAAAUGAUAUAUACAUGAAAAUUACAUCUUCCUCUCUGUUGGAGCUUUCUUUGUGUGGGUGAAAUAGAGAUGGCAUUUGAAGGUAUAAAUAGACCCAUGAAUGCAGAAUAAUGGUCUUGAAGUGCAAAACAUUUGAGCAUUGUGCCGUGGAGAUCUUUAUGCAGCUUUCUUGUUUAUAUGACGAUUUUAGGAAUCAUAUUGAAUUCUAUGGCUGCUUUGUAUAUUUAGUAGUUCUAUUCAUUUUAGAAAAGGAACAUUGCAUAUAUAUUAGAUGGCUAGCCACAAUAGAAAGCCUUCCAUUUA